UAUAAUGGUGGUUGUGUCUCACGUGUAAACUUUUAUUGAGGAAAUGCUAGAUAUAUUUCAAUUUCAGUUUAGCUUAUUGGACGUUUUAUGACAUAAUAGAUUUGCGUUAAAAAUUUGUGUGUAUUCCUCACCCGAAAUAGUGGACCGGUAGUGUCAGUGUAAUAUAAUUCUGUAAUAUUUUAGUUUGUGCUUGUGUAAGGAUUUGCCCUGACUCUUCGGCUCGUGAAUUCCUCAAUUUUACCACAUCAACUUGGACUCAUAAGAUGUGUGCCCAUGGUGAUGCGAUGAUCGAACUGUGAGCUAUGACUUCAUAGAAGCGGAUCUACUCGUAUUUUGCGGUGUGGUGUGAAGGCGAGGGCGACAGGUGGCGAUGGGCGCGUCUGGCGUCUCUGACGAGUACACGCCGCCGCGUCUCUCGCGGCUGCUGCACUCCUUGCCACACAUCAAUGUCACGCUGCACAGAGUGAACGACACGUUCGCGCCCAACUCGCCCGUCUACCUCGAGAGCUUAGGCAUCCUCGGCUCGAUUCCCGGCGCGUGGUUGAUACUGACACUGACUGUAUUGCUGAUAUACCUGCUGACAAGAUGCUGCGACAGGAAACAGCGACCUCCGCGCAGUAUCUCUGCCCUGAAGAUAACCCUGAUGAUACUGUCGGUGCUGUGUUGCGGUGCUAUUGGCAUGGGCCUGUUUGGAAAUGACGAUCUACACAACGCGAUGCUGCAGAGCAUCCAGGCCGGGAACCAAUUGGCUGCCUUGGUCAAUACAGUGAAGAACCAGUCCAGUAUCCUAGAGGAGACAAUGGGUUCCCGUGCUCGCGCUCCGCUCUCUCGACUUGCGGACGCAUUGGAUACGCCGGUGGCUAACCAGACCGCGCUCGGCACGCUGCUCCGAGCUCUAUCGACGCUGAGGAAUAACGCCAGCCUUGCCACCGCUGCUGCUGACAAUCUAAAGAGGCCGCUGGCUGCGCUCAACUUGGAUGCUUUCAUGAAGCGCAUGUGGGUGUGGGAGGCGGCGCGGUGGGCGGGCGGCAUGGCCGGCUGGUGCGUGGGCGGCGCCGUCUGCGUCGCGCUGCUCGCUGCUGCUGCGCGGCGCUCUCGUCGUGCGCUGCUUCUGCUCUGCGUGGGCGCGCUGGGAGCGCUGGUGGCGUGCUGGCUGGCGAGCGCGGUGCUGGCUGCCGGAGCUGUGGCAGCCGCCGACGCCUGUCAGGACCCUGCUGCUGCGCUCGCUCACCACGCGCGCCAUGGGCUACCCGCAGACAUGGUGCACUACUACCUGUCGUGCAAGGUGUCCCGUGAGAACCAGCUGACGGCGGAGUUGAGAGCUGCACAGCGCGCGGUAUUGGCCGUGCGGCAGGCGCUAGCUGUGCUGACACGUGGAGCGCCGCAAUUGUUCAACGAUCCAGGUUUGCAGCCGGCACUCGGUGCACUAAAUGCUGGAACGGGUGAAGCGGAACGGGCACUAGUAUCGCUAUCGGCAGCGCUGGAAUGCCGCACGGCGCGGGCUUCCUUCGUUGCAGGCGCGCGAGCUGCUUGUGACGCCGGCUUACAGGCGCUGACAUUGCAACUACUCGCCGCGAUAGCAGCCGGCUUCCUGUUCACGGCAAUCGUGUUAGUUGAUUCACACGCAUGGAUAUACAUUAACACAAAACGGUCGGGCACGGGCGAGGAGCAGGCUCCGUUCCUGUCGAGCGGCGGCAGCAGCGCGGCGUCCCGCACGCUGCCGCGGCCGGCGCCGUUCCCCAACGGGAAGCCGCCCUCCUACAGCGCCGCCGUGCAGCUCAUGGACCUCGGGGAGCGCGAGCGGCCCAGGCCAGUACCCGCACGCACUUUGUCGCGCAUGUCGGGCAGCGCGACGCUGGGGCGGGGCGCGAGCGGCGGCGGGGGCGGGGCCGGGGCCGCGCUGGGCGGCGCCCACACGCUGGGACGCGCGCCCCACAACGGCAAGUACGCCACGCUCAGCAAGCAGUGCAAGACGCUCGAGGGCAACGACUUCUACUGAGACCGGCCCGGCGGUGGCGCGCAUCUCCCCGAACACAACGCUGUUGCAGGUCAGGCGGGUCGACAGGCGACCGCCCUGAACCGCUUCGAUCCGAAGUACGCGUCGUUCGGUCCCCGCGCGCCCCGCCCGCGCCCCGCGGCCCCCAUGCCG